CAGUCUCAUGUCUUGGUGGUUACUGACAGGAAGCCCUGAUUCCUCGCCACAUGGACCUCUUCAUAGGACUUCACAGCAGGACAGCUGGCUCCCCCAGAGCAGGAGCGCUGGAGCCGGGGCCCGAGGCAGUCACACCAGAUGAAUGUGGGCACUUGAGUUUUUCUAGGAGGCCUCUCCUUCUGCUGUGGGUCUCACCCAACUGAUGUCCAUCCAGACACUCCCACCAAGUGUUAUUUAUGCUAACGGAGGAAGAAAGCCCUCCCAGAGGAAGAACUGAUGGCAUAGACAGAGCCCCAAAAGAGGAGCACUCUGCAGCAGCUAAAGUUACCAUGCAACCUUGGACUCAGAAGCUGUGGCUACUGUGGAACUGAUCCACCUGAUAAUCCCGUCAAAGAGGGCAAGAUCAACUUUCAGAAUAUAGAAGUCAGAAUGCGUGACAUCAUCAGAAAAACAUGUGGAGCUGACGUGGACGAGCAGUGAAGCCCCGACGGCGACACCGCAGGAACAGUGCCGAGCCCUGCCAGGGGGCCGCCUCCUCUGCGCCUCCGACGAGCCGCGCCUGCGCUCUAUGAGGCUGUCUUGGAGUAAGAUUACUACAUUGCUGAUCUUCUGGCUACGAGAUCUCAAUGCUGUGACCACAGUUUGUUGAACCAAGACUCUGAGGCUGAUAUGCAAUGUCACUUACAACAUUAAUCAGAUACUGCAUUUAAGAUCUUCGCGCGGGGGAGAUGGAGGACGCGGAAGCAAGGAUUUCCGAGUGAUUUCUUCCAAAGCACAGGAACCUUCACUGUUCGGGCUGCUCUGUCCUCACUGAGAUGACAGUCAUGUCCCUUUCCAGGGACCUCAAGGACGACCUGCACAGCGACACAGUGCUGUCCAUCCUGAACGAGCAGCGCAUCCGGGGCAUCCUGUGUGACGUCACCAUCAUUGUGGAAGACACCAAGUUCAAGGCGCACAGCAAUGUGCUGGCCGCCUCCAGCCUUUAUUUCAAGAACAUCUUCUGGAGCCACACCAUCUGCAUUUCCAGUCACGUCCUGGAGCUGGACGACCUCAAGGCCGAAGUGUUUACAGAAAUCCUUAACUAUAUCUACAGCUCCACGGUCGUCGUCAAGAGACAGGAAACCGUCACCGACCUCGCAGCUGCUGGGAAAAAGCUGGGAAUCUCCUUCCUGGAAGAUCUCACCGAUCGCAACUUCUCGAAUUCCCCGGGCCCCUACGUCUUCUGCAUUACUGAAAAGGGCGUGGUUAAGGAGGAAAAAAAUGACAAAAGGCACGAGGAACCAGCGGUCACCAGUGGGCCCAGGAUCACAAACGCAUUUUCCAUCAUCGAGACGGAAAAUAGCAACAACAUGUUUUCUCCCCUGGACCUCAGGGCAAGUUUCAAAAAGGUCUCGGAGUCCAUGAGGACAGCCAGCCUGUGCCUGGAGCGGGCUGAGGCCUGCCACGAGGCAGAGCCCGUGCGCACGCUGGCCGAGCACUCGUACGCCGUGUCCUCCAUAGCCGAGGCCUACAGAGGCCAGCCUGCCCACGAACCCCAGAGCGCCUCGCCUGGCAGAACGGCCAAGGAAAAUGGCGAGGCACCUGGGGGCAAGCCCAAGCCGUGCCGGAAGCCCAAGCCGUUCUCCGUGGCCCCAGACCCCGAGUCGUCCACGGCGAACGUCCCACCCCCCGCCACAGCCAGCCUGGAGGUUACCCAGGAGCGGAGCCCGCAGCCCCCUGCGGUUCUCCCUCCCUCGACAUCUCCCGGCCACGAAGGGAAUGGCCAUUGUUCCAGGGAAGAGGAGAACCGACCCCCGGCCGUCCCCGGGCCGCCGGCGGCCGAGGUGCCCCCUCUUGUCUACAACUGCAGCUGUUGCUCCAAGUCGUUUGAGAGCAGCGCUCUGCUCAGCGCCCACAUGCAGCUGCACAAGCCCACGCAGGAGCCCUUGGUGUGCAAGUACUGCAACAAGCAGUUCAGCACCCUGAACAGGCUGGAUCGACACGAGCAGAUCUGUAUGCGGUCCAGCCACAUGCCCGUGCCCGGCGGAAACCAGCGCUUCCUGGAGAACUACCCUACCAUCGGCCAGAACGGCGGCGCAUUCCCAGGCCCCGAGCCUCUGUUACCCGAAAACAGGAUGGGUGAGUUUGCCAGUCCCGGAAGUACCCUGCCCGACACGGACCACAUGGUAAAGUUUGUCAACGGGCAAAUGCUCUACAGUUGCGUCGUGUGCAAACGUAGCUACGUGACUCUGUCCAGCCUCCGAAGACACGCGAAUGUCCACUCGUGGAGAAGAACGUAUCCCUGCCAUUACUGCAACAAAGUGUUCGCGUUGGCGGAGUACCGGACGAGACAUGAGAUCUGGCACACGGGAGAAAGGCGGUACCAGUGCAUCUUCUGCCUAGAGACGUUCAUGACCUACUACAUACUCAAGAACCACCAAAAGUCUUUCCACGCCAUAGACCACAGACUCUCCAUCAGUAAGAAGACCGCCAACGGUGGCCUGAAGCCUAGCGUCUACCCGUACAAGCUCUACAGGUUGCUGCCGAUGAAGUGCAAGAGGGCUCCUUAUAAGAGCUACCGACACGCCUCCUACCAGAAUGCUCGAGAGAGCAGUCAAGUGAGAGAGUCUGCCCCCGGGACCUACGUCGUGCCAAACCCACACAGCUCCGAAUUACCCAGCCUGAGCUUCCAGGGCGGUGUCAGUGCCUUGAGCAGCAGUCCGGCCGUGCCCUUGGAGACAUGCGCCCGUCAGGACACGGCCGCUGCUGCCAGUGUGCAAAGUGCAGAGGGCACCAGAUGGCAAGAGGAGACCGUGAAAGUCGACGUUGACAAGAACUUCUACUCGGGCGAGGUGUCAGCUCCUUCCACCGAGAGCGCCGUCAGCGCUAACCCCCAGGCAGGCAACGCACCUGCCUUACCUCUGAGUAGCAGCAGCGAGAACGCAGCCUCUGUGAUCAGCUACGGCGGCUCGGCACCCUCGGUCAUCGUGCACAGCAGCCAGUUCUCCUCGGUGAUCGUGCACAGCAACGCUGUCGCCGCCGCCACGACCAGCAGCAGCCAGCAGGCCCCUGCCAACCCGGCCGCCGAGCAGCCCUCGAAGGAGGACAACAAAGCUGAGCCGGACAAAGGGAGUCGAUUGGCAGGCAGACCCAAAAGCUUGAAGGAGAAAAAGAAAGCUGUAGCUUGUAACAAAGGAGAGACCCCAGAGGAGUCCAAACACGUUGUUGAUCCUGGAGGGGCCCCGAGCAAAGCCCCCAGUGCCGCCGAGGAAACCAGUAAAAUUGAGACCUACAUUGCAAAGCCUGCCCUGCCGGGCACCUCCACGAACAGCAACGUUGCACCCCUUUGCCAAAUAACAGUGAAAAUUGGGAACGAAGCCAUCGUGAAAAGGCACAUCCUAGGGUCUAAGUUAUUUUACAAAAGAGGGAGAAGACCCAAGUGUCAGGUGCAGGAGGAGCCAUUGCCGCAGGAGAGUGACCCGGAGACCCACGCGGACAACCCUCUGGGGCUCUGCCAAUCCGAGUGCGUGGAGAUGAGCGAGGUGUUCGAUGAUGCAAGUGACCAGGAUUCCACCGACAAACCGUGGCGCCCUUAUUACAACUACAAACCCAAAAAGAAGUCCAGACAGUUGAGAAAAAUGAGGAAAGUCAACUGGAGGAGAGAACACGGAAGCAGGAGCCCAAGCAGCAGGUGCAAAUUCCCCGCAGAGCUGGACUGUGCCGUGGGGAAGGCUCCUGCGGACAAGGCCUCGGAGGAGGAAGAAAACAAAGAGAUGCCCAAGCUGCAGUGUGAACUCUGCGACGGAGACAAAGCGUCAGGGGCUGCAGCCCAAGGGAGGCCCCACCGGCACCUCACGUCCAGGCCUUACGUCUGCGAGUUCUGCGCCAAGCAGUUCCAGAGCCCUUCCACGCUCAAGAUGCACAUGAGAUGCCACACCGGGGAGAAGCCCUACCAGUGCAAGACCUGCGGGCGGUGCUUCUCGGUGCAAGGGAACUUGCAGAAACACGAGCGCAUCCACCUGGGCGUGAAGGAGUUCAUCUGCCAGUACUGCAACAAGGCCUUCACCCUGAACGAGACCCUCAAAAUCCACGAGCGGAUCCACACCGGCGAAAAGCGCUACCACUGUCAGUUCUGCUUCCAGAGCUUCCUGUACCUCUCCACGAAAAGGAACCACGAGCAGAGGCACAUUCGGGAGCACAACGGGAAAGGCUUCGCCUGCUUCCAGUGCCCGAAAAUCUGCAAGACCGCCGCCGCCCUGGGAAUGCACCAAAAGAAACAUUUAUUCAAGAGCUCGAGUCAGCAGGAGAAAACAGGCGACCUGUGCCACGAGAACUCAAAUUCCUUGGAGAAUCAGCACUGCAUUGAUUCGGCAGAGGACAAAGACCAAAAGGAUCAUGUACAAACCGUGGUCGGAAAUGUUGUCCUUUGAGUGGCAAUAGUUAGAAAAAUCUUCCGAUAAAGAAAUCGGUAGGGGUUUUGUUUUUUUUUUUCUUUUAGCUUUUUUUUUUUUUUUCAGGUUUAGUUUUGUUUUGUUCACAUAACAGUCAUGAAGGAGUGAAGCGUAAAACAAACCAACAAACAAAAAGUCAUUGGUGAAAAAUUCCCGGAAAAGGAUCCUGACGUCUACUUGGGGUUUUAGCGUUAACUUCCUGCAAAGUGCAGAAAGACAAAGUGGCUGAAUCCUCCCAACAGCCCAAGUAUCUUGUGAAAGUUAAUGAAGUUCUUGGCUGUUGGUAUUUCUACCAGUGGGGGCAAAAAAAAAAAAAAAAAGGAGCUUAAUUUUAAAACUUUUUGGUAAAUGCUAAUGGGAACCGGCUGCUGAACUGUCUUGAGUCACUGGAGUAAAAUAAGGGUCAGACACCAUGGAGGUGGCCUCUUCCAGGUGUCUGGUGGUAAAUGAGCUGUAACAGUCUUCAUCCCCAUCCACCUCCUGCACUCCUAAAACGGACACACGUGAAAAUGCUUCACAGUGUAACUGAAAAUACGUGUAUACAGAGUAACCUGAAACAGAACACUCACACAUCCUCUAGAACUACUUGUCCGCCACACAGACCUUGUAAAAUACAUAUAUACGUCACGGUAACUUUUACCUGUCCAUAGUCCCUGCAGAAAAUCACCAUGAGCAAUAGAUCUGCAGAGAAUGAGGACUGACAUGGAAAUCAGUAGAGAGCAUUUUGAUCACAACUUAAGAGCAUGCGUGUGCCACUCGCUGGGAGCCGUGGCUGAGCUGUUACUAGAACUGAUGCCCUGAAGUCACAGAAGACACAGGUCACCACGCCUUAUCUACCAGCAAAAGCCUUCCCGGAGCAUCCCUGCGAGUCCCUGGGCUGUGUGUCACUUAGCAGUGGCCUCACUCAGAGAAUAAAGAAGGCGCCCGUUCUUCUGAAACCCUCUGCAGUCUUCCAGCCAUCCUGAGGCCAUGGGCCUGGGGCCCUGUUCCAGACGGACUUAACAGUUCAAGUCAAACUCCACGAAAGGAGCGUCCUGGAGAUUUAGCGCCAGGCACACGUGCGGUGAUGCACUGCGCGGUACUUGAAAGUGACAGAAUGCCUGAGCCCUACAGUUUGCUCGCCUGCUUGGAGAUGAUGCAGCUGCCAAGUCCAUCCUAAUAGAAAGCAAAAGGACAGCCAGCACCCCCACGCAACCCCACCCAUUAAUGGCUUGAAUGCGCAAGAGGGAGUAACGACCUCCUUUGCUCAAACAGUACCUUGUUUUGCAGGGUGGGGAGGGAGGGCGGGGUCCUGUCGGUUACUUCUGUCGCUCAGAAUUGCACCCACAAAACCCAUUGUUUUGUCUUCAUAUGUGCAGGCCUCUGGCCCCCUCAAUGAAAACCUUCUUGAGUUUUUCAUUGUUCUUUCUCACAAACCCACACCAUCAACAUUGUCCUCAGUCCAGUUGCCCUGCAGGGUAUUCCAUCCUGUGGGCCAGGUUCCUGGAAAGCUGGAACUCACGAUUCUUGUUUUUCAACACCGCCAGAACAGGAGGAAGAGAGCAGACGUUGCUACCGUGUGAUCACCGGUAGGAGCAGAAUUCGGAAUCCAGCGUAAGGGUGACGUGCAGCCAUGCUUGUUCAUUGGAUUUGAUAGCUGGGCAGCCCAGGUCAUCCGAAGUUGGAAGAUUAUCCUUAUGAAGAGGUAGCUCAAGAGACUCCAGUUUCUGCCUACAAGCAUUGUGAUGCCUCCACGAAGAAGACUUAGUAUGGAUUUGAGUGGGCAAGAGAGCAUCUGAACACCCAGAAGAGGACAGGGUUAAGCUUGACCUUCUUAUACUCUAGUACUUUGCCGUUAAGUAACCCCGGUAUUGUAUCUGCAUUUAUCUUUUGUUCAUCUAGUUUCACUUACAUACAGUAUUAUAUAGUAGAGGAAAGUGGGAAAAUGCAAGUGAAUUCAACUUUAUUUUAUACAUUGUAUAUAUUGUAUACCUGCACCAUCCAUUUGGGUUUUGUUAAAGAGAUAGUCGUAAAGGGCUUAUGAAAAUCAUUUUUGAAUUGAUAAUUAGAAUAUUGAAUAAGCAGUCCAAUAUUAAACUAAUUUGUUUAACCUCAGUUAGGGUUAUGAAUCAAGGAAAAUUACUGUGUAUGCUAGUCAUUCUGAUCUAACUCCAAAUAUGAAAUAUGACACUGCAGUGAUGUCUCUCGGCCCUGACAUGUGGACAUUUUUUAAGUGGACUUGUAUGCUGAUAAUUCUAGACCAAAGUAAAUAUGGCAGAAUAUUUAUACAUGAAAAAAAAUAAUUUUGCAAAUAUUUUCUAUAAUUGUACUAUUCGUUUAACAUGUUGAUGGCUUGUGUUAGUUUCAGGGAGGGGUGUAUAUUUUGAUAAAAAAAUACUUGACUUUGUAAUUCUGUAUAUUCUAUACAAUUUAUAGCAGAGCCGUUUUAAAACAGCCUUGUCCCAUUUUUUGUUAAUUGUGAAAAUUUUAUGAUGAGUGAUGUUGAAGUCUGCAUCGAGUACAUAAUGACCAACUAGAAUUAAGUCAGUGUAAACAGUGGAUGUACUGUAUGCCGUACAAGAUAUAUUGUAAUUGCUGUUUUAGCAUCUGUAUUUUGGUUAGAAGAUAUUAUUAAAUGCAGAUGUUAAGGGUUGGAAAAGUCUAAUUUUAUUUUUAGAAAUAAUGAAUAUAAAUUUGUUUUUGCUUGAUUAAAAUAGCUUAUUCCUACACCAAGUCUCGUUUUAGAUGUUUUGAUGUUAAUUCUGUGCAGCCGUUCCAUCCACGUGAGUCAGCUUUGUGUCACAUGUGGUUCUGCAUUUCUCUGUUCCCUUACUUGUCUACAUUGCCUG